AUGGGCCUCGUCGACUAUUCCGAUUCUGAAGGCUCAGGCUCUGAAGCCGAAGUUCAACUCCCCGUCAAAACCGCACCCAAACAAACCGCAUCAUCCAAGAAACCCUUCCAAAAAGUCGUCGAUCGAUCCAACCCAGGCAAAAUCGUGGUCAGCCUUCCUCAACUUACAGACGACAAGGCGCAGAGCCAAGAACCCACAGAGAAGAAGAUAAAGACUGGCGGCGGUGGUAGAUUUUCUGGUUUCAAUUCCUUCCUCCCAGCGCCUAAAAAGGCAAAUAUACCCAAGCCUGCAGCAUCGAGCAGUGCGUAUACAAGGCCGGCUUUUCAGUUCAAGACAAGCGCCGCGCCAGGAUUCAGCAGAGACUCAGGAGACGACCAGAAGACGUCCAACGAUGACGCUUCAGAAAAUGUCAGGGGGCCGGCACAGAAGGCUGCCGCGCAACCACACAUCCCCGAAGGGCAGAAACCAGCCGACGAAGUUAAGCUGGUGGGCAAACCAUUGAUGUUCAAACCUCUAUCGGUAGCGAGGAACCCGCAGAAGAAAAAGAAGCUCAAUUCGGGGAUGGCGAAACCAAUACUAACACCACACACUGAAUCGAAACAAGCUGAAGCAGCGGCCCCAAAGAAGGUCUCUCUCUUCUCCAUGCACACAGAAGAGCCGUCCGAGCCUACAGAGAAGACAUCCACUGGCGUUUAUGAGCCCAUGUUUGCGACGACAGAAAGUUCAUUGGCCUACGAUAAGGGAGCGUACGGUGACUACGCCAGCCAUGCGCAAGCUGGCCCGUCAGCAACCACCCUACCAGGGUCCGAGUCCUUGGAUACUGUAGUCGAGGACCUCAACCUGACACCAGCUCAACAACGAGAACUAUUUGGUCGUAAUGGUCUUGGUAACCAGGCAGCCAAGAAGGUUAUCAACUUCAACAUGGAUAAAGAAUAUAGGCACAACGAGGAAAUUCGAGCUGCAGGAGAAGAGCAAACCCACAAUCCUGUACGGGCGAUCCAGGGAGGAGGAAAACACAGUCUGCGGCAGUUGGUCCAGAAUGCGCAAAGCCAGCGCGAUGCGCUCGAGGACAGUUUCGCCAAGGGGAAGAGCAACAGAAAAGAGGCAGCAGGCAAAUAUGGAUGGUGA